UAGAGUUUAUGAUUUGAAGACAAAUACAAUCAAUUGAAAUGAGAUGCAAUGCCUGCUGGCGUGAAUUAGAAGGGCGAGCCAUUUCCACUACAUGUGGUCACCUCUUGUGUACAGAAGAUGCAAGCAAGAUCCUUAGCAAUGAUGCCGCAUGCCCCGUUUGUGAUCAAGUUCUCUCUAAGAGUCUUAUGAAACCUGUGGAUAUCAACCCAAAUGAUGAAUGGAUAAAUAUGGCAAUGGCCGGCGUCUCUCCGCAGAUAUUGAUGAAGAGUGCAUGCAGAAGUGUGAUGUUUUACAUUGGGCAAAAGGAAUUAGAAACGCAGUACAAGAUGAACAGAAUUGUAGCUCAGUACCGGCAGAAAUACGAGGCAAUGCACGAAAAGUUCUCAGAGAAACUGGAUCAGGUGCAUACUGCUUAUCAGAAAAUGGCCAAGAAGUGUCAGAUGAUGGAGCAGGAAAUUGAGUGUCUGACAAAGGAUAAGCAAGAGCUCCAAGAAAAGUUCUCUGAGAAAUCAAGACAGAAGAGAAAGCUUGAUGAAAUGUAUGAUCAAUUGAGGAGUGAAUACCAAUCAGUGAAACGGUCAGCCAUCCAACCUGCAAACAAUUUCUUUGCAAGAAAUGAGCCUGAUUUAUUCUCAAAUUCAGCAGCUAACAUGAUGGAUAACAGAGAUCCCAUUCGAAAGGUGCCUCGAGAGGACGUAUGGCCAGCAAGACAAAACAGUUCAAACUCUGGUCCUUUUGAUAUAUCAAGUGGCUCACCAGCAAAGCAGGCAGACAUUCCGGUUAGGCGAGGUAACGGUGCUCACCAUGCUUUCAGAAAUUCUGCUGCUAAUCCUUCAAUGACUUUGAGGAACCUGAUAAUCUCUCCUAUAAAGCGGCCUCAGCUCUCUCGUAACCGCAGUAACCUUUUUGCUUAAGCAAAAAAAUUUAGG